AUGCCUGGUGACUCCCCACCUCCAACCUCUUUUGAUGAUAUCGAACUCCACAAGGAAAACAUACAGCCUCUCGCUUCGGGACGGUCUGCUAGGGCGCUCGCACAGGUCCUUUCGGCACGUGCUAGCCCUGUUGUUCUCCGUGGAGAGAAUGCUGUGAAACAGGCUGAAUUCGAACAAGAACUAAAGACAGCCUCUGAACUGGAUGACCCACUGGAGGUUUGGGUUCGCUAUGUCAACUGGACUGUCGAGACAUUUCCUUCCGGUAGCUCUCAUGAAUCCAACCUUGUGCAUCUGCUCGAGCGAGUAACACGGGAAUUUCUCCACGAGGAUCAGUACAAGAAUGACCCUCGUUACCUCAAACUUUGGAUCCAAUACAUCCAAAACUUUUCCGACACCCCGAGAGAAGCGUUCGCGUACCUUGCCAGGCACGAUGUCGGACAAAAACUUGCCCUGUUCUACGAAGAAUUCGCUGCGCUGCUAGAGAGCAUUGGUAGGAGACACCAGGCUGCUGAGGUUUACCACACGGGGAUCCAACAGAACGCUAGGCCUGUAGAUAGGCUCCUCAGGAAGAACGAUGAGUUCAGACAAAGAUUAGAAACCAACCCAAUCACAGAUGAUGAACCUCACUCUCCUGCACUUGUUGCCACACGGCCGGCAUUGGCAGUAAAAGCUUUUGGUGGUGGGCUCGGAGGCGGACUAGGAGCACCAGCAGAGCCCCAGCAGCAGCCAGAUCCAGCUCCUGCUAAGAAACCCGCAAAAAUGAAAAUGGCUAUCUAUUCCGACGCGGAUGCUGAGCCUUCUCCAAGAGCUGGAACUAAAAAGGUGACCGGCGGUUGGGAUGAGAUUGGCACCAGGGAUCACAGGAAAAAAGAAAAUACCAUGGAGUCACGCCCCUUUGCCGGACAGACCAUGAAGCAGGAAGGUGGAAAGAAGCCUUCGUCACAAGGUGGCAAGCUGGCGGUCUUUAGAGAUACUUCUUUACAUCAUUCACAAGAAAAUAUCAUUCCCCCCGCAUCAUCCAAUAAACGUCCUGAAAAAGUGGCCAUAAAUCUUGAACUAGUAUAUCCAGAAGAAGAAGGUGACGAAGAAUAUUCUUUCGAAGAAUUAAGAGCAAUAAAGAGAGGGCUUUAUGGAAUUGAUUGGAAAACGAGACGAGAAGAGGAGGAAUAUGAACGUCGAGCCAAAACCCAAGCAAAAAGUCGUAUGGUUGAAGAAAAAAGGGCACCAUUAACAGUGAAAACGGUCAUGUCUCCUUCUCCAAAUAAGGGCAAAAUAAAACGAAAAGGGAACUCCAGAAACGCUGAGCCUACAAUGACCUUCCACACGAGAGCAGCGACAGACGAAAUAUAUGAUAUUUUCAAUCAACCUUUGCAGUUAUCCGCCGGGCAAGAUGAUGAGGAUAGUGAAAACGAUAGUGACGAAUUCGAUGGAGAAGAUUAUACCAUGGCCACCAAUAUUGGCGAGCAAACCGAGCAGUUUGACCCCGAAGCUGAGGGCGAAGAUGACGAUGGAAAGAGUGUGAAAAGUGAUUGGUCUGAUUUUACUCUCAGGCGAAAUUUACCGGCCGAGAAUGAGACGGAAGGAGAAGAAGAAUUGGUAGGCGAAGAGGAACUUGUACAAGCCAAGGGAAAGAUAGAAAAGCUCGCGAUUCACAAGGAUGAAAGGUUUGACGUCUUUGGAGAAAACAAGCUCAAUAUUCUAAGGGAUGAACCCAAGCAAGAGGCGACAUCAUCCCGUCUUCCUCUCCAGAAAAUGAAGAUCCCCUCGCCUCCCGAAGAUUUUGAUCCACCUCGAAAUCCAUAUUAUGCCGGUAAUCAAGCGCAUGCUCAGAACAGGCUUCCAUACAUGACGCCCAUUGUCGAAAAAACCGAGUCCUUACCUCCAACAACAAUUGCGAGAAGAAAAGCAGAACAUCACAAAACCCCAAGUAAGAGCCGGAUGCCGGACAUCAUGGAUAAUAGUUUCUCAAGCCCGUUCGGCGAGAUGCUUAACGAUUCUGGCUUUGGAGUGAGCAAUCUGUCACUAAUCGAUCCUCCGCUUGUGCCUAAAGAAAGGGAAAGGAAGCCUUUUGGUGCUAAACCUGUCACGGCACUGAAACCUGUAGCACCAAAAGAAGUACCAAUAAUUCAGGACCUGCAGUGUAAUCCAAUGGAUGAAGCGCUACGAGCCCAGAUAUACGAAAAACUACAGCCCCCUUUGAAGACACAUGAAGGGCUUUAUCAUCAUCCUAAAUCCACAUUUGGAAAGUCGGCUGAAAUUAGGAAGUUCUCAAAGUCUGUGGGCAGGAAGGAUAGUGAUAGAAACAACUCUAACUCUGGACAAGGCCCAAGCAUCGACUUCUUUACAGGAGAUGGAGUUAGAUCUUAUACCAUCAAACGGGAGCUCGGCAAAGGAGCAUUCGCGCCGGUUUAUCUCGUCGAGAACAUGAUGGUGGCAGAUGCAGAAGAUGAAGCUGAGGACCUUGAUGAGGAUGAUGUCGAAGGCCGUCUCGAGCUUACUAAAAGAACAGCCGGUCGGAAACGGUUUGAGGCAGUAAAAAUGGAACAUCCCCCAUCUCCAUGGGAGUUCUAUAUAAUGCGCCAAGCCAGGCGUCGUCUUGGGGUGGCCCGCGCAUCCGAAUCGAUUCUUAACGCCUAUGAGAUGCACCUCUUCUCUGAUGAAGGGUACCUAAUCCUUGAGUACCGCGACCAAGGCACCAUUCUCGAUCUUAUAAAUAUCGCUAAAGCCGACUCGGCCGCAGGCGCGGGAGUCAUGGAUGAAACACUUGUCAUGUUUCUAGCCGUUGAGCUCCUGCGGACCGUCGAGGCUCUCCAUACGCGUGGCAUUCUCCAUGGUGAUCUGAAGGCUGACAACUGUCUCAUCCGCUUCGACCCCAUUCCUGAUGCUUCUUGGUCUGCACGCUAUCGUCGCGAUGGUGCGGAUGGCUGGGACAAGAAGGGCGUGUCGUUGAUCGACUUUGGCCGUGGAAUCGACAUGAAAUUGUUCUCGCCGAACGUCCAGUUCAUUGCUGAUUGGAAGACGGAUCAACAGGAUUGUGCUGAGAUGAGAGAGAUGCGGCCGUGGACUUAUCAGGUUGAUUACUAUGGUCUCGCCGCAAUCAUACAUACCAUGUUGUUUGGGAAGUACAUCGAGUCCACAGCCGAGAAGGGAGGCCUGGGGGCGAAGAAAUACAGGAUCACGAGUACCAUGAAGCGAUACUGGCAGCAGAAUAUCUGGAACGAACUCUUUGACGUCUUGUUGAAUCCCUUGCUCCACACUGGUGGAGAGGAUCGGGGCGUGAUGCCCGUGACUAAAGCUAUUAGAAAGUGCAGGGAUGGUAUGGAGUCAUGGCUAGAGAACAAUUGUGAGAAGGGAGCUGGGUUGAGGAAUACGAUCAAGAGAAUGGAGGCGACGCUGAGUAGAAGGAGAUAG